GGGGACUCUGUAGGCGGCCUCAGAGGGGUGUCCAGAGUUUGGCAGUGAAGGCCAGAGGGCAGAGACAGAGACACAGCAAAGACACAGGGAGAAAGAAAGAGAAGGACCCCAGAAGUGACAAGGACCCCAACAUUCACUCCUAUAGCCACAGCGGCAGCGGGAACCAGCCCUGGGAGAAGCUCUGCUGCCUGUCUGUCCCCAUGGGCCACCUUAGGCCAUGGCUGCACAUGUCUCUCCUCUGGGCUGCUGUGGUCAGCCUGCUCCUCCCCCAAGCCAUGACCCAGCAGCUGAGAGGGGCUGCGCCGGGCCCCAGCAACUGGAACAACAAUGCAGGAGUCUCAGAGCCUUCAGAGGAUGCGUCAGGUGAGUUUGGCCAUGCCACGCACAGCCACAGAGGCCACAGAGAUGAGAAUAAGGAUGUUUCCACAGAGAAUGGGCAUCAUUUCUGGGGCCACGGAGACCAUGGAGAAGAGGAUGAAGAUGUAUCCAGAGAAUACCAUCACCAAGUCCAAGGCCACAGGUACCAAGGCCAUGAGGUGGGAGAUGAGAAUGUCUCUGAUGAGGAGCAAUCCACAGAGCAGAUUCAGCAGGCCCAUGGGCACAAAGGCCCUGUGAAUGAAGACAUGGAUGAUUCAGCUGAGCACAGGCACCACUUCCCCAGCCACAGGAGUCACAGCCAUCAAGAAGAAGAUGAGGACGAAGUUGUGUCCAGUGAGCAUCACCAUCAUAUCACCAGGCGUGUAUACCAAGGCCAUGGAGAAGAGGAGGAUGAAGAAGAUGAGGAGGAGGAGGGAGGAGUCUUCACUGAUUACCGACAUCAGGCCCAUAGGCACCGAGACCAUGGGAAGGAAGUGGAUGAGGAUGUCUCAGAUGAACACCACCAUCAUGGCCCCAGCCACAGACACCAAGGCCACGAAAAAGAAGAAGAAGAUGAUGUCAUCUCCACUGAGCACAGACAUCAAGUCCACAGGUACCAAGACCAUCAGAAAGAAGAGGAUGGGGAUGUCUCAAGUGAUUACCACCACCAUGGCCCCAGCCACAGACACCAAGGCCACAAAGAAGGUGAAGAAGAAGAAGGUGAAGAAGAGGAAGAAGAAGAAGAAGAAGAAGAAGAUGAUGAUGAUGAUGAUGAUGAUGAUGAUGAUGAUGUCAUCUCCACUGAGCACAGACACCAAUUCCACAGGCACAGAGGCCAUGGGAAGGAAGAGGAUGAGGAUGUCUCAGAUGACCACCAUCAUAUCCCUAGCCACAGACACCAAGGCCACGGAGACAAGGAAGAUGAGGAUGAGGUUGUGUCCACUGAACACUGGCACCAGGUUCCCAGACAUAUUCACCAUGGCCUUGGAGAUGAGGAGGAGGAGGAAGAGGAGGACGUCACAGUCAAGUUCAGCCACCAUGUUGCAAGCCACCAACUCCAAGGCCACAAGAGCACUGAGGAGGAGGACUUCCCAGGUGAGUAUAAAAGAGCAGCUGCUGACCAUCACCACCACGGAGUCUCCACAGAGGAAGAUGAAGACAUCUCUGCCAAGCUUGGUUACCAGGAUCCCAGCCACAGGCAGCAAGGCCUUAGUGAUGAAGGGACUGUGCACAGAGGAUCCAUCAAAGAGGAGAUUAGCCACCAGCCCCCAGAACACAUAGGGGUCAAGGAUAGAAGCCAUUUAAGGGACAGUGAUUCUGAGGAGGAAGAGGACCACAGCUCCCAUGAAGGAGAUGAUGAAGGUUCAGAGGAGGGAGAAGAAGGCACCCACUAUGGCAGACUGGACCAGAAGGAUGAGGAAGAUGAGGAGGAAGGUCAUGGCCUCAGCCUGAGCCAGGAGGAGGAAGAAGAGGAUGAAGAAGAGGCAGAAGAAAGGGGGAAAGAGAGGGCUGAGGUUUGGGUCCCACUGAGCCAAGACCACCAGGAGGAAGAAGAUGAGGAGGAAGGGCUGGAGGAAGACAAGCUUCCCUUCACCAUCAUCCCCAACCCACUGGCCGGAAGGGAGGUGUCUGGAGGUGCUUCCAGUGAGGAGGAGAGUGGUGAGGACAUGGAUCCGCAGGAUGCCCAGGAGUACAGGAACUACCAGCCAGGGUCCCUGUGUGGCUACUGCUCCUUCUGCAAUCGAUGCACUGAAUGUGAGCACUGUCACUGUGACGAGGAGAACAUGGGAGAGCACUGCGACCAGUGCCAGCACUGCCAGUUCUGCUACCUCUGCCCGCUGGUCUGCGAAACGGUCUGCACUCCAGGAAGCUACGUCGACUAUUUCUCCUCGUCUCUGUACCAAGCCCUGGCAGACAUGCUGGAAACUCCGGAACACUGACCCAGGCUCGUGGCUGCCGCGCAGACACAUCUCCCUGGUCUCCCAACCCCUUUCCACGAGCCCUAUUUAUUUCUCUGAAUAAAUGUGCUCCCCGAAACCACAUUGUCUGGGGGGGAUGGAUCUGGAUUCUCUGGGCACUGAGGAACACAGGUGGGGACUGGGGACUUGAACUCCUGGAUCUGAGAGAGGUGGGGCUUGAGACUCCUGGGUCCUCGAGAUGGUUGGUUUGCUUUCCUUAGGUUCUGUUAAAUAAAUCAGUCAACACGGAGCUUUUUGAAACA